GUAUUUGUAAAUGUUGAACUAGAGUUUUUUCUACGUUUGCUGCAGAUAGUUUCUACAUUAUGAUGUCACAAGUGCCCAUGCGAAUUUCCAGAUUCCUGCAAGCGCGACGUUUCAGAGAAAUAACCUACAGAGCCAGAGGGAAAAAGACUAAAGCCAAACUAUCAUAUGGAAAACAUAAAAAUGAUCCAACGGAAGUUGCCCUGAAGCAUUUCGACCAAAACUACCGACCGCUGUUUGGAGACGAAUGGCCAUCUAUUCGCCUAGCCUUGCUGUCCAUGCCCCAUUCAGGAGCUCUCCUCAACAAUUACAGCGAGGUGCAAGAGACAUUGGAUAGACUUCAUUCGAUAGGUGUAGAAGACUUUGUACAACCUCAUGCAAGACACCUCAGGAAAGAAAGUGAAACUCGGUCUCACUCUCAGAGAUUAAAAGGAGGGGUCAAUGAGGUUACCUCAGAAAAUGGAACAAAAGAUGAUGAAGAAUCCCAAAGUGCGUCAGGAAGUACAAAAUUAGAUAGUGUCGCAGUAGCACAGAAGCUUCAGGAAAGGGAGAUGAUCAUCAGGGCGAGAGAAGAAGAUGGCUCAGAGGAGGGAGUGUUUGGACCUGGUGAACUUGAGAACAAAGAAGCAGGGCAGCUGACGAAACCUUGGUGGGAUGGACGAUAUAUUGUUGCUCCUGGUUACGAGCACAGGAUGGACCUCCUGCAGCAGAUGGAGUUGGAAGAGAGCGGUGACAGCGAGUUGAUGUCGGAGCAUUCUGGUGCUAACUCCAUCAAAGUUGUGGAAGCCGAGCUCCAGAUAAGUCCCCACUUGAGAUGUUUCUUACACAAGUCAUCUCCGGAGAGGUUGCCACAGGCGAAGAGGGGCAGGGAGUUACCGUAUCUUCAGUAUUACAUCAUGGAUCCAGCUUCGGUUCUUCCUGUCUUGGCGAUGGAUCUUAGAAAAGAUGAUGUGGUCCUGGAUCUUUGUGCCGGACCAGGCGGGAAAACUCUGGCUAUUUUACAGUCAAUGCUGAUCAGUACCCUGACUACCAAUGAAAAGGUAUUAUCUCGGAGGCGGCGUCUGCAAGAAGUACUUGGUCUUUGCUUACCCAGGAGCAUAAGAAGUAGUGGAGCCAUCCGCGUGUCUGGAUUAGAUGGAUGUGAAUGGGGCCAGAUAGAACCAAAUGCAUAUGACAAGGUGUUAGUGGAUGUACCUUGCUCUACAGACAGAGUAUCUGCAACCCAACCAGACAAUAAUAUUUUCAAAGUGAGUCGAUCAAGAGAAAGAUGGGACCUACCACAACUCCAAACAGAUCUACUCUGUGCCGGGCUUCAGGCAGUCAAACCCGGAGGAACGGUGGUGUAUUCCACCUGCACCAUGUCACCCCUUCAAAACGAUGGAGUGAUCCAGAGUACCAUCACAAGAUGUCGGGAGGAAUUCAACAUCGAAGCAACCGUGGCUGACCUUUCACCUCUAGCGAGAGCAUACAAUGAUGUCUUCAGCUUCUUCUCGAACUGUCGCUAUGGCCAGCUUGUCGUGCCCAGAAUAACUGCCAAUUAUGGACCCAUGUAUUUCAGUCGAUUGAUCAGGACUCGAUAGCAAAUUUUCUGUGCCCAGAAUAAUUGCCAAUUAUGGACCCAUGUAUUUCAGUCGAUUGAUUAGGACUCGAUAGCAAAUUUUCACCCGAGACUCCAGAAAAUGAAUAUUUGUGAUAGUUGUGAUAAUAAGAGAAACAAAGCAUGGGAAAGGAAAUUUGAAUGUCAAUGUGAUUUUUCCUACUGCAUCUAGGAUGUAAUGCAACACCAUCAUUGUAAAAUUUAUGGGUUAUAGGUCAUUAAUUGGGUGUGAACCAACUGCUGUGUGCUUCUAAGAUAUGGCAUAUUGGGAAUAAACUUGUGUUUGACUUUAAAUAUCGAAUGAGUAUUGAUUUUUUAGUUAUAAAGUAUGAUCAAAACUUGCUAUUCUCAGAUAGAAUAAUAUUCUAUUUACUACAGUCAUUCUUAUGAUGUCAUCUAUUAAAAAGGACGUUGAUGUAUGGUACCAUUGCAACAACUGUACUGUACAACCCCUGCACAUAAAAUCCAAUGCGACACAAAUAAUUAAUAUAUUGCAUUUUGUUGCAUCAACUAUAUUGAAAGUUCAAACAAGUAUUAAAGCAUUAUAUUUCAAGUUCAGAUUGAUGUUAGGAAUACAAAAAUUAUAAUUCUGCUAUACUGCAUGCCUUGCUGUCCGAGUAUUACAGUUCUCAUCACAGCUAGACUACUGUCACUAUGAUUUUGAACCUAAUCCCCUUUUCUUACUAUAGGGAGGUUUGAAAUAGACUUGGAAUUUUGAAAUUAGUGUUCAUACCACUGUUUGGAACUUUGAUCUUCAAGAUUGGAUAGGCAGGCAUGCUUAUAUCAGAUUUUCUGAAAUUGACCACAAACGGAUCGUGUAGUACGAUUGUGCUUGGAUUAAAAUGAUAAAAAUAAACUUUUUUCCAAUACACUCUUGUGGCACUCUACAUAUCUGCGGUAGGAAGAUUCAUUGAAGUUCACAGGACAAUGUUUCUCGGGAAGAAAUUGUAAGUCACAGAAACACAUGUCACAUUGCUAGUCAUGAACUUAAAUGAACUUAAAUUUCAAUGUAGACAAAUCACAAGCCUUUUCAAAUACUUGUUUAAGUCAA